AUGUGGCCCUCUUGGCCUGUAACGGCCGUUCUCUUCGCACUUCCAGCAGCGCUGCUCGCCAGUCCGCUCUGUCCUGCUCCCUGCACCGACGACCCAAGCAAGUGGACGCCGUACUCGUCCCUGUCCAACCUUAAGGACUGCAACCACCCGGUGUUGCUCGACUUCUCGUCCCAUGAACUAGCCAACACUGUUAAAGAUGCCGCCAAUGUGUCGUUUAAAAUCCUAGCCUGCACCGUUGACGAUAGCCCAGACACCCCUUUCGCGUCCUUUUACACUGUGCCGGGUCAAGGAGAAGGUGGGCAAACUGAGGAUGAUGCGUCGCGGCUCCGACCAUUCGACUUCUUCCUCAACCUCUUGCAGACCGUCGUGAACCAGACAGCGAACCGCGAUACCUUCAGCGUGCUUGGCCGUCUCAACUCGGUAUGGGUCGGUAUCUACCGGGGUGACGCAGUAAACGACACUCUGGCCCUCUCCGCCAUUGAUAGGAUCAGGCAUGAAUGGCAUGCCAGACCACUCCCUCGAGCGGGAAUCCAACUCUGCGGCGGCGACCGAGAUGCCGACCAUACGUUUGGCAUCGCCUUUGACCCAACAGGGGAUACUGUGUUUGUCGAGCAAGCCAUUGGCUCAUGGACAAAGGGCGAGUGUCUGGAAAGCGAAGAGGCAUUCGACCUCGUGGAUUCUGCUGCCGUCAAAGAGCCAACGCGUGAAUCACUCUCCGCAAAGUCUGUUAAUUCAGCCAAUGCCACGAUUGCCGGCUUCUCGACGCAACUCAACUGCAAUACCAUCACGGUAAAACCAGGAGAUACCUGCACCAGACUUGCGGACAGAUGCAACAUCACCGGGGCGGAGUUCAUGAAGUACAACCCACAGAAGGGGCUAUGUUCGUGGCUGCGACCGGGCGAAGAAGUAUGUUGUUCUAGCAAGAAGUCCACCAAGCCUGAUCCGAUCAUGAACAAAGAUGGAUCGUGCGCUACUUACAUGACCCAAGAAGACGACACUUGCGCCUCCAUUGCUCAGGACUUCAUGAUCGAGGAGAGCCAGAUUCAAUUCUAUAAUGACGGCCGAACAUGGGGCUGGAGUGGCUGCGACAAUAUCCACGGGGGUAUGAACAUUUGUCUGAGCCAAGGUAUUCCACCACUGCCGGCCCCCAGAACUGGCGCAGUCUGCGGUCCGACUGUUCCAGGAACAGAAAUGCCGACAGAUGGAGCGCCACUCGCAAAUUUGAAUCCUUGCCCUCUCAACGCAUGUUGCAAUACCCUUGGCGAAUGCGGAGCGACCCCAGAAUACUGCGUCUACGAAGAGGGUCCGACCGGGAACCCGGGAACAGCGCCUCAAGGCAAGAAGGGUUGCAUAUCGAACUGCGGCAUGGACAUCGUCGACAACUCGCCGCCGCCUGGUGAGUUCAUGAGAAUCGGAUACUACGAAUCAUUCAAUCUUGACCGACCGUGCCUUAACCUCCUCGCCGCUCACAUCAACGUCAACGACUACAGCCAUAUUCACUGGGGAUUCGCGUCAGUCAGCAGGGACUUUCGCAUCAGCAUCAACGACACUCAUAACCAAUGGCUGGACUUCUUAGCCCUGCAGGGCGUUAAGCGCAUUGUGUCAUUUGGCGGCUGGGGAUAUACUGUCAAUGGAGCUGCUUACGAUGUGCUGCGCGAGGCCAUGCUACCGGAGAACGUUGACAGAUUCAUUGUCAGCGUGCUGGAGUUUAUUGCGGACAACAACCUGGACGGUGUAGAUUUUGACUGGGAGUAUCCGGGGGCCUCCGACCCCCAAGACGUUUCCCUAGAUAUCCCCCAAGACCAGCGCGCGGACGGUCCGAACUACCUCGCCUUCGUCAAGAAGCUCCGAAAGAUUUUCCCUCCCGGUAAAAGCAUUUCGGUCGCUGCGCCCGCAACGUACUGGCAUCUGCAGGCAUUUCCUAUUGCGGAGAUGUGGGAGCACGUCGACUAUCUCAUUUACAUGACAUACGACUUCCAUGGCCAAUGGGACUACGAGACCUCUGUCAUCCAGGACUGGUGCAAAGGAGGAAACUGUCUGAGAAGCCAUGUGAACCUGACGGAAACGGAAUGGGCCCUUUCGAUGAUCACGAAAGCCGGUGUCCCGCGAAAUGCCAUUACUAUCGGCGUUGCCAGUUACGGGCGUGCCUUUGGCAUGGUUGACCCUGACUGCACUAAGCCAGAGUGCCGGUUUACUGGACCGCGGACUGCAGCCAUCCCAGGAAUGUGCACCAGGACUCCCGGUCUUCUCGCCAUUGCAGAGAUCGAAGCGCUGAUGAUCGAAGGAGACAUCAACGAGUCGUAUUACGACGCCGCCUCGGACUCGAACGUUCUUGUCUACAACGAGACGCAAUGGGUCGGGUUCAUGAGCAAGAGUACGAUGCGAAGACGGGUGGAGCGCUACCGGCGCAUGAAUUUUGCGGGCUUCGCCAACUGGGCAGUCGACCUGACGCAUUGGAGUGGAGAUGAUGUUGAGACCGAAGAGGCGAGUCUGUGGGGGUUGCCAAAAAACGGGACUGCGACUUGA